AGCAAUCAAUCAAUACACAUUUGCUACCAAUUUGCUAUUGCUAUUGCUUGUCCGAAUCCCAUCCCAUCAUUUCAAUUCUCCACUUCCUUCUCAAUCUCCCACGUCUCCUUUUUAUUAAUUUAUUUAUUUAUUUAUUUAUUUUUAUUAUAUAGUUACUACUCCUAUAUAAUAUAUUAAUCCAGUUCAAUUCCACCAAAAACAACUAUCACAAACACAAACAAAAGUUGUUGUUACAUUACAUAUUCCUUAAUUCACUCCUUUGUUCUUGUUCCAUACAUUCAUUCAUUCAUUCAUUACACACUCUUCCUAUGGAUCUCUGUGCAUUUCCAUGUCCUGCUUUUGUAACACCUUCUGAUAAUUCUCCUAGAAGAACACUUCUUCUAUCUUCUCACUCUCAAUCUCAAUGGGGUCUUCAUUUACUCUCUCACUCCCAACACAAACUCAACAACAAAAAGUGUACUAGAACUAGAACUAGAACCAGAGUUUAUGCUUCACUUUCUGAAAUGGGUGAGUAUUAUUCUCAAAGACCUCCAACUCCAUUACUUGACACCAUUAACUAUCCAAUUCAUAUGAAAAAUCUCUCUACCAAGGAGCUGAAACAACUUGCGGAUGAACUACGUUCUGAUGUUAUUUUCAGUGUUUCAAGAACUGGGGGUCAUUUAGGUUCAAGUCUUGGUGUUGUUGAACUUACUAUUGCUCUUCACUAUGUCUUUAAUUCACCUCAAGAUAGGAUUUUGUGGGAUGUUGGUCAUCAGUCUUACCCUCAUAAAAUACUUACUGGUAGAAGGGAUAAGAUGCAUACCAUGAGACAGACUAAUGGAUUAUCUGGAUUUACAAAACGUUCUGAGAGUGAAUAUGAUUGUUUUGGUACUGGUCAUAGCUCAACAACUAUUUCAGCUGGACUUGGAAUGGCGGUUGGGAGAGAUCUAAAGGGAAGAAAGAAUGAUGUAGUUGCAGUUAUUGGUGAUGGUGCUAUGACAGCAGGUCAAGCUUAUGAAGCCAUGAACAAUGCUGGAUAUCUUGAUUCCGACAUGAUUGUUAUUUUAAAUGACAACAAACAGGUUUCGUUACCAACUGCUACUCUUGAUGGACCUAUACCACCUGUAGGAGCUUUGAGUAGUGCACUCAGUAGGUUACAAUCAAAUAAACCUCUUAGAGAAUUGCGAGAGGUUGCCAAGGGAGUGACUAAACGAAUUGGAGGUCCUAUGCAUGAAUUGGCUGCGAAAGUUGAUGAGUAUGCUCGUGGUAUGAUCAGUGGUUCUGGAUCGACACUUUUUGAAGAACUUGGGCUCUACUAUAUUGGUCCUGUUGAUGGUCAUAACAUUGAUGAUCUAGUUGCCAUUCUCAAAGAAGUCAAAAGUACUAAUAGUACUGGUCCUGUAUUGAUCCAUGUUAUCACUGAAAAGGGCCGUGGAUAUCCAUACGCGGAGAAAGCAGCUGACAAGUACCACGGCGUUACCAAGUUUGAUCCACCAACUGGAAAACAAUUCAAAGUCACGGCUCCCACACAGUCUUACACAACAAUCUUUGCGGAGGCUUUGAUUGCAGAAGCCAAAGCUGACAAAGAUAUUAUCGCAAUCCAUGCUGCGAUGGGAGGUGGAACUGGCAUGAAUCUCUUCCAUCGCCGAUUCCCAACAAGAUGCUUUGACGUGGGGAUAGCAGAACAGCAUGCCGUUACGUUUGCUGCAGGUCUGGCUUGUGAAGGCCUUAAGCCUUUCUGUGCAAUUUAUUCAUCAUUCUUGCAGAGGGGCUAUGAUCAGGUGGUACAUGAUGUUGAUUUGCAGAAGCUGCCUGUAAGAUUUGCAAUGGACAGAGCUGGAUUAGUUGGAUCAGAUGGUCCUACGCAUUCUGGUUCCUUUGACGUCGCCUUUAUGGCAUGCCUCCCCAACAUGGUGGUGAUGGCUCCUUCAGAUGAAGCUGAGCUUUGCCACAUGGUUGCCACCGCAGCAGCCAUCGACGAUCGACCUAGUUGUUUCCGAUACCCGAGGGGAAAUGGCAUUGGUGUUGAACUGCCAACUGAGUACAAAGGCAUUCCUCUUGAGGUUGGUAAAGGUAGGAUACUUAUUGAAGGGGAAAGAGUUGCCCUCUUGGGCUACGGAACAGCCGUUCAGAACUGUUUGGCUGCAGCUUCCUUAGUGGAACGUCAUGGCUUGCGCUUAACCGUUGCCGAUGCACGUUUCUGCAAGCCAUUGGAUCGAUCCUUGAUUCGCAGCCUGGCAAAAUCACACGAUGUUCUGAUCACCGUAGAAGAAGGAUCCAUUGGAGGAUUUGGCUCUCAUGUUGCUCAGUUCAUGGCACUUGAUGGCCUUUUAGAUGGAAAUUUGAAGUGGAGGCCGGUGGUUCUUCCCGACCGUUAUAUUGACCAUGGAUCACCUGCUGACCAAUUGUCUAUGGCUGGUCUUACACCCUCUCACAUAGCAGCAACAGUGUUUAACAUACUUGGGCAGACAAGAGAGGCAUUAGAGGUCAUGUCAUAAGAAAAAUACAAAGGGGUUAAAUUUGUCAUUCCCCUCAAUAUACAUGAAACAAAAUCAUUAUUAAUUCAUUUUGUGUAAUGUGAAGAAUUAAUGGUGUAAAUUAUUUAAUUAGAUAAUGCAGGUUAUCAAAUAGUCUAA